AUGCCUGGCGAUUUAAAUCUGAAAAAAUCGUGGCAUCCUGGUCUGCACAAAAACCAAGCCGUGGUGCACGCCAAGGAGCAGGAGGCUCUGGAGGAACGGCGGCGAAUCCAGGAGCGCCAGAAGGAGAUCAAGCAGCAGCGUGAACGAGACGAGCUUCAAAAGCUGCAGGAGAUGGCUACCGGCAAGAAGCGAGUUCAAAAAGUGGAGUGGAUGUACCAGGAUCCGACGGCGGUGGGUUCUCAGCAGGCGUUCAAUGAGAAGAAGGUGGAUGCCAACUCCACCGACGACUAUCUGCUUGGAAAGCGACGGAUAGACAGCAUUGUCAAGCAAAAGGGCGAUUUGGAGGCGUUCGAUGACUCCCUGGACCGGUUCCAGCCCAAGACGGACAAGUCUGAGUCCGCGGGGAUUGUGCACAAGGUCAAGGAUGACCCCAUGGUUGCAGUUCGACAAAAGGGACGCGAGCUGGGAUACACUGACGAGGCCAACGAGAGUGAACGACGAAGCAGACGAGAGCGAUCCAGAUCACGCGAGCGAGAGCGGCGACGACCGCGUCGGAAACGAGAAGAUUCACGUGACAGACGCAACCGACGAGAUAUGGAACGGGAAGGAGAGAGACGAAGGAGAAGACGUGAUGGAGAGAGAACACGAAGAAGAGAGAGGAACAGAGAUCCAUCUCCAAGCGUUUCUGAUGAUGAUAGAGGAUAUAGACAAUCUUCUAGGGAGGAGAGAGAUCGAAAGUCUUCUCGGGAAGAAGGAGGAAGAUCUAGAUCUAGAGACAGAUACCGAAAUAGAUCUAGAGAGCGAUACAGGGAUCGGUCACGAGAAGAAAGGUCUAGAGAUCGUUCGAGAGAGAGAUUACGAUCCAGAAGAGAUCGAGAUCGAGACCGGGACCGAGACCGGGACCGGGACCGAGACCGAGACAAUGUGCAGUCCAGUGGUCGCUCCAGUGGUCGGUCCAGUGUUCGUUCCAGUGCUCGCUCCGAAAGAUCUUUACGGGAUAGAUCUAGAUCACGUGACCCUGAUCGUGACAGAGACUACAGGUCGCGAUCGCGAGAGCGUGACAGUGGCGGGGGUCAAGGAAGUGAUCUUAGUGAUGAGGUUGGCAAUGGACGAUCUGUGCUAGAUGAACGCUCAACCGACAUGAAUGCGUCUGAUGGAAAUUCUUCCCAUGGCUACAGGGCCGAUAAUGAGUUUUCUCCUUCUCGUUCGCCUGUAACUCGGUCUCAUCGAGACAAACGCAACUCUUACCGUCCAGAAUACAAGGAUGAGGAUGACAAGCGGUUUGCACAGCGUAAGGACAAGGAGAAGGAGAUGAAUGCUCUUCCCAAGGGUCUUCAACAGAUGCGAGCCAAGUUGUUGGCUUCCAAGAAGACGACGACUGUGUCUGGCACGUCACAGACACCCACUUCUGCGCCUAGCGGCAGUCAGAGAACCCCCUCGGCUGCUUCUGGCAGUUCUCCCACGGGAAAGGCUGCUACAGAUGCCAAGUUGUCUGAUCGACUGGCUCGAUUGAAAGCCAUGCAGGAAGAUGCUAAGGCGUUGGAGGAGGAGCGGGACGAGCGUCUGGCAUCGAAAACCAAGCAUGAGGAGGCUGAAAGGUUGCGGGAUGCUCUUCUGCGACAGAAAAGCGCGCAUUUGGGCAGAAGCGAGUUUGCUCGAGAGGAGGAAAGAAAGGAUUUGAAGUAA